CUGGUGAAAAUGGCUGAAAAUGGAGAUGGUGAAAAUAUGUCUAUUUUGGAAAGCAAAAUCUGUCAGCAAAUUGAGUACUACUUUGGCAAUCACAAUCUACCAAGAGACAAGUUCCUAAAGGAACAGAUCAAACAAGAUGAUGGCUGGGUGCCUUUAGAAGUCAUGAUCAAAUUCAACAGGUUAAGUCGCCUUUCAAAAGAUUUUAGUGUUAUUGUAGAAGCACUAAGAAAAUCCAAGACUGGUUUAAUGGAAAUAAAUGAAGACAAAACUAAAAUCAGAAGAUCUCCAAAUAAACCCCUUCCUGAAUUAAAUGACCAGUAUAAGGCUGCAAUUAAAAACAGAUCUGUGUAUGUUAAAGGCUUUCCACUAGAUGCAACUCUUGAUGAUAUCAAAGAAUGGCUUGAGGAUAAAGGUCCAGUUGAAAACAUUCAAAUGAGAAGAACAUUGCAGAGAACAUUUAAGGGCUCAAUAUUUGCAGUUUUCGAUAGUGUUGAGUCUGCUAAGAAGUUCACGGAGAUCCCAAACCAAAAGUACAAAGACACAGAGCUGAUCGUACUUUUCAAGGAGGAGUAUUGUACAAAGAAGAAUGAGGAAAGGAAACAAAACAAAGUAGAAGCCAAAGCAAGAGCUAAACAGGAAAAAGAAGAAAAACAGAAACAAGCAGCAGAUGCUGAAAUGAAGUCUCUGGAAGAAAAGACAGGAUGUCUUUUGAAGUUCUCUGGUGAUCUAGAUGAUCAAACAUGCAGAGAAGAUCUCCAUGAUGUAUUUUCUAAUCACGGAGAAAUCAAAUGGAUACACUUUGUCAGAGGUGCAAAGGAGGGAAUUAUCCUAUUUAAGGAUAUUGCAAAAGAAGCCCUGGAAAAAGCCAAAGCAGCGCAUAACGGAAGUUUACAGCUUCGGAACAAGGAUGUUACAUGGGAGGUGAUAGAAGGAGAUGCAGAGAAAGAAGCUCUGAAAAAAAUACUGGAAGAUCAGCAAGAAUUACUGAAACAGAAAACAAAAGGUCGCAAAAUGAAAGGAAAAGGAAGAGGAGGAAAGGUACCUCAAGGUGCACACAAAGGGAAAGUACAGUUUCAGGGGAAGAAAAUAAAGUUUGACAAUGAAGAAGAAGGUGGCGAAGAUGAUACUAAAACAGAACCAGCAAGUCCCAAGAAAAGACCACUAGAGGAAACAGAAAAAGAAGAACCUGCAUCAAAACAACUCAAAACAGAAAACGGAGAUGGAGAUCAGUAAUACUGAAAUAAAAAAAAAAUAAUUGGUUUUAUUGUUCCAUUUUCAAAAGGUUUUAAAGACACGCCUCAGUUCAGGAGUUUCUUGGCAGAAAAUCUAAUGAAAUCCACUUCAAUGUCAACCUACAAUGACAGGAAACCUUCAUUUUGUUGGGUUACAGGUUGUUGGUUUUUUUUUUUUGUUAAAAAAGCAUGCUUACUCUUAACAUACCACCCUGGAAAGUUCUUUUAUAUUUAUAGUUUUGUUUAUACUGUCAGAUCCUCUCAACUUCUCUGGCUCCUCGUUCAAAUGUAAAAGGUUCUGGACUUUGUAAUCUUGCAGUUAUAUUAAAAUAGCAGCUGCCAAUAAAUUCAGAACUUCAAACUCCUUACUACUCAAGCCUGGAUGUUAAUGUAGUAUAAAGCUGUAACCUUGAAGUAGCAAAGCUAAAGUACAGACUUCCAUCAUUUAAGUUCAAGUCAUCAGGUACAGCUGAAUAGAACUUCUAGCCUUUGCUACUCAGCAUACCUAACAUUCUUCACAUCUUGCUCCGUCUACUUUAGGAUUCCCUCCACUUCCCUUGUGCUGAUGGGAUAAAUGUCUCCUAGGCCAGCAUUCAGCACCCAGGAACUUGCCCUCCUCUAGCAUCCUGGGUCAAUCCUGUGUUGUGGGAUGAAGCACACAGCUUCCUCCUACCCCCCUAGAAUGGUCUAUGAGGGAUUUCACUGGCUGUAGCUACUUGCAGUGCAGAGCAUAAAACACUGAAAUAAUGCUGCAGCUAUAAAAUCCUGGCUACUUUGGCCUUCAUUACUUAAUUCAGGCUAAAUUCCAGCUGCAGGCGGGAUCAAGCAAAUAGCUAUUUGAAGUUGAGUCAAGGAGGCUACCCUCAGCUUCUUCGCAUCUAGUUGCAGUGCUGGCUUUAAUAUUUGUGAUGCUGUGAGCAUUCCUCAUCCAGUACGUACAGCCCUAAAACUUAAAUUUUCUUAAAUAGAAUUUAUUUAUCUGUCUAGUACAAGAUAAUGCAUUUUCUCAGUUGUGUUAGGGUUUAUACUUACUGAUUUCUUCUUAUGGAACUUGUAUGAUGCUGGUAGGUCAUACCGAAGUUCUGUGAACAGUACGAAGAACACUUGUUACGCUAGGGUGACUGUCAGUCAGUUGAGUUACACCCCACAGCCAUGUUCUUGUAUUGCCCACCUCUGUUGCCCCCUGACUGGAUAACUGUGUUAACCUCUGGACUAGGUCAUGACUGGAGAUUUAAGCCAACUACAUCACACAGUAUGUGGAUGGCUGAAAUGCAGUUGUGUUCCAAGCAUUUGUGCAAUUUCCAUGUCUCAAGCUGUAUGACUGUAUAAAACAUCCAGCUGGCGAUAUUUGAGAAUUGGGAAGAUACCUGAACAACUGUCAAAAAAAUAUUUAGGUGCCUGUAAGGACAGGAUGCGUUUUUGUGUCAGAACUGACCUGUACUUUGCUGUUGUAAUUCUGCAACAAUCACCUUACGAAGCAGGAAGGUAGGUGACUUCUGCUCUGAGGCAAAAUCUAGUCCAGGGAAAAAUCCAACUCUAGUUCUGCACAGAAUAUUUAUUCCUUAGAGCUUUACUUUGUGCCGGCUUGUAUUCUAGCCAAGUAGCAAGGUAUUAAAAAAAAAAAAAAGCUGCUUAAAGACCUGUGUCAUUUAUCAUUUUCAAUGAUAAAUCACACUUAAAUUUACCUCAGGCCGAUAAGACUGGCUGGUAGUGUUACAGGUAUUAUCCCCAAACAAACAGUUUCUUUCUUUUGUUUUUCUUGAACAACAAAUUAAUCUUACCUGCUAUGACUUCCAUCUUCACUUCCCAUUCAUCUGCUUUCUUUUGAAUGUGCUACAAUAUUAAAUAGAUACAAAUAAAUUUAAAA